AUGUUCUCCACAGUCCAUCCAACAUCAUCGGCUGGUCCCAAGUAUGGACAAAACCCUGGCCCAAAGGCCUAUAUCCCUUCUCAUCCAGCUCAUGCCCGAUUUUCGGUUCAUGUCUUUCAAGGCAAGCCUGGCGCGUUCGUCGGGGGCGCGCCAGGCUACGGAAUGCCUCCUCCCGGAGCCCCAGUCUUCCACCAACCGCGAUACGACGACCGAUAUCCAGUAAACAUGGCCGUCCCUGUCGGAGUUCCCCUCGGCCACCCCCUACCGCACGGUCAUCCAGUCGCUGUACCGACAACUUCAGUCGCGGGAGUUCCUGUUCCAGGCCGACACCCCAGCCCACCCCAUCUGAGCGUCAACACCAACCUGGGACAAAGGACGACACCACCUCUCCCCUCGCAACGUCCCACACCCGCUCCUCACGCCCACCAUCCCACCUCCGGCCACCCGUCAAACUUUAAUAUCUAUCCCAGUGCCAGCGGCCAAAACACCUUCAUCUACGAGCAAUCUCAUACCUCCAAAUCCGACCUCUUCUCACUCUCCGACGCCGAUAGCAUCACUGAUACAAGCUCGAGUCUGGUGACGUAUUCCCCCACGGACAGCAUGGUUACUGUUCGAGGUGAUACGCCUCUGGCAUCUCCUUUGGACUGUGAGCCUCCGUCGUCCGCUGGCGGUCUGCAUUCGAGCCAUAGCACGCAUGGUGCCCCGCAUGGGUAUGCUGGAAGCGGAAGGACCACUACUCCCGCUCCGGGAAUGAUGAGGAGGAAUUCGAUGGUCGGAGGUGUAGCACCGGGCAUGGUCCCAAUGGAGCGCUCGACGAGCAGGUCAGGCCUUGCUCCCCCUCCACCCACGCAGCCGGCGAUGGUUCCCAUGGCAGAAUAUAGCCCAUGGGUCCCUAGGAGGACACCCUCAGAAUCAAGCAUCGACGAACGGGAACGCAUCGCUAUUAUCAACGCCCAGCAUAACUCGGUCUCAACUGGUUCUCACUACACGCCCAGCCCACCUCUAUCCGACCGAACGCUCAAACAAUCGCCUCCCCAGCAACAUAUGCAGCCACAAUACGCCCACACCCCGACCUCUUCUAUUCCUAUUCCUAUUCCACCACAAUCCUCGGUGUACCCAGAGGCGACCUACGUCCACGGAAGCCCUGAGUCUAUCUAUAACCGCACCUCUCCGAAGCAGAUGGCUGGUCCCGUCGGAGGAGCGCCUUAUGUCGAUGCUUCGGUAUCCUACUCCCAAGAGCCCUACACCCGAGAACGCCGUUCAUCUACGGUCGGCUCUCGCCCCGACCUCUCGACCACACCCCCUCAGGCUGGCGUUCCAAUGAGGGAGAGGAAGGCGAGCGUGAGCUAUGCAGCUGGUCCUGCACUUGGCUCCUUGCCUUCAGGUUCUGAUGGGAAGAGGAGGUAUUCGUCGUCUGGGUCUCAGCCAGCUGGUAUUCCAUUCGCAAGGAGCGCAAGUCCGCCUACCGACAAGUACAGGAGGGAUGACAGGGAUCGGGAGCGCGAGCGUGAAAGAGACAGGGGCAGAGAGCGGGAUAGGGAUAGGGACAGUAGAGUUAGGAGCUACUCUCCACCCGAGAAAAUGCGCUCACGAACCUCGUCCAUGUCACACGGCGCUAGCCGCCCAGUCGACUACAUCCCCGUCCCUUCAUCAGGACCUGCACCCUUCCCCAGCUCAUCCUCAGUAGAUCCGAACACGCUCCCCAUGUCCAGCAUGAGCAUCCGAGACGACCCCACCUCACCCCUCGACCGCCGACCCCGCCACCCGGAUUUCGCACCGACCGUCAGCACAGCCGCCGCAACAACCGGCACCAAGGUCACCUCGCCCAUCGAAGACGACCGUGACCGCGACUCCUCCAGACGCCGCGAUCGUCGACCCUCUUUCGCAACUGCGUCAGAGGCUGUUUCGAUCAUCACUGCCGCGACUACAGGAACCGAGUCGAGGUACCCACCCAUGGCCAUGCCCUCUCAGACCGCAGGUUCCGUCCCCCCUCGUUCGCACACGCCUUUCGCUUCUUCGACUGCUGCUUCGUUGCGCCAGCCUGAGCCUCAGCGACGUCUUUCGGAUGCCGACAAGUCCAUGUACGAGCCUCGGGAUUCUCGAGAUCGUGAAAUCAGGGAUUCCAGGGAUAGGGAUGGGCGGGAUUCCAGGGAGAGAGAAAGAGACCGGGAUCGCGAGAGGGAUCGGGACAGGGAUCGGGAAAGGGACAGGGAUACUCGGGAUAGCCGAAGUGGGCACUACACCUCCUCAUCCUCCUAUCACCGCCACCCUGAACCCCAACGCCGCUACUCUGAUGGAGACCAGAACCUCCCCCAGCGGAUUUCGACGUCGGCUUCGACGAGGAGCGGUCACGCGCACGUCGCGUCGAGGAAUGUGCGGUGGAACGAGAACCUGAUCUGUCCGUCUCCGUCAUUGCAGCCUCAGAAGAGGAAGGGGUGGUAUAACCGUCGAGGAGACCAGCUCUGGACGAACGACGGUGUGUUCAAAGCUGCCCCUCCGGACCAGCAAUACCCACCCGAUUUGGAGGACUACCCCGAACCAGGAGAGGGCUGGAUGAACGAGGACGGCGUCAUCAUCGACAUCGAGCACCGACGUGUACCCAAGCUCCCUCGCCGAUCCGCCCUGAAGCAACAUUGA